AAAGUCGAGCCGCUGCUCCUCCGCAUAGAGAGGAGCCAGAUGAGGUGGCUCGGGCAUCUGGUUCGGAUGCUACACGGACGUUUCCCUGGUGAGAGAGGAGGCCCCAUGGACGACCCAGGACACGCUGGAGAGACUGUUUCCCGGCUGGCCUGGGAACGCCUUGGGGAUCCCCCUGGAAGAGUUGGACGAAGUGGCUGGGUAGAGGGAAGUCUGGGCUUCCCUGCUUCAGCUGCUGCCUCUGCGACCCGACGUCGGAGCGACCCGACCUCGGAAAAGCAGAAGAAGAUGGAUGGAUGGAUAUACUGCAAUAACCAAGAGGGCAGCCAGGAUAUGAAGUGAAGUAUGCUGCUUGGGGACCAGUUUGAUGCUAAGUGUCAAUGUUCUUGGACAAAGACAGAAAACUCAUUUCUGAUUGGAGGAAUGAGUACCUUGAAAUUCAGCACAUGUGAGUUGGGGGGCAUUCAGUGUUUUACCAACAAUAGAAGAGAAGAUUGCUUUGAAUAAGCGAGACCUUCAAUAAGUUUUUAAGUCAUGAUGCAAGAAUCUGGGACAGAGACAACAAGUAAUGAACCAUUUAAUCAAAAUGGAAGCGCAAGCAUGGAGAAUGAUUCCAAAGGACAACGCAAGAGUGCUACGCCAUCAGUGGAAGUGACUGCAGCUGAUCUUGUGCAUCUCCAACAGCACCAGACUCUCCAGAUAGCUCGGCAGUUACUUCUGCAGCAGCAGUUUCAACAAAACGCUGGCCGCAAAUCCCCCAGAGCAAACGACAAGGACCAAAGCUUACAGGUUCCAGUGUCAGUGGCUAUGAUGACACCUCAAGUGAUAACUCCUCAGCAGAUGCAGCAGAUCCUUCAGCAGCAAGUCCUGAGCCCUCAGCAGCUCCAGGUUCUUCUCCAGCAGCAGCAGGCCCUCAUGUUACAGCAGCAGCAACUCCAAGAUUUCUACAAGAAGCAGCAGGAACAGCUCCACCUCCAGCUCCUCCAACAGCAUGGAGGCAGCAAGCAGAAUAAAGAGCAGCAGGUGUCAGCACAGCAUUUGGCCUUCCAGCAGCAGCUCCUUCAGGUCCAGCAGGUCCAGCAGCAACAUCUGCUCAACCUUCAGAGGCAAGGGCUGCUCACUAUCCAGCCUGGACAAACGGGCCUGCCACUGCAGUCCCUCACACAUGGCAUGAUUCCUGCAGAGCUGCAGCAGCUAUGGAAGGAGGUAACAAAUGCUCAUGUGAAGGAGGAGCACAACAGCAGCAACAAUGGCCACCGGGGCCUUGAUCUGUCCUCCCCGGCACCACCAAAGAACCCGCUCCACAACCAGCAUACUCCCACCAAUGGACAGUACAUGAGUCAUAAGAGAGAAGUAUCCACAGUAGAAGACUGCCACCCCCACAGUCAUCCGCUAUACGGUCAUGGUGUUUGCAAGUGGCCUGGAUGUGAAGCAGUGUUCGAUGAGUUCCAUUCCUUCUUGAAGCAUCUUAACAAUGAGCACGCUUUGGAUGACAGGAGCACCGCCCAGUGUCGAGUGCAAAUGCAGGUCGUACAACAGCUGGAGCUGCAGCUAGCGAAAGACAAAGAGCGUCUGCAAGCAAUGAUGACACACCUUCAUGUUAAAUCUACAGAGCCCAAAGCCACCCUGCAACCGCUCAACUUGGUGUCCAACAUUACAUUGUCAAAGUCCGCCCCUCCUGAAGCCUCUCCUCCGCUGAGUCUGCCCCAGACCCCCACCACGCCCACAGCACCGCUCACCCCCCUGUCUCAGACUCAUUCUGUCAUCACGGCCAACAACCUCCACAGCAUGGGCCCCAUGCGACGGCGUUACUCUGAAAAAUACAACAUGCCCAUCUCUCCAGCUUUUUUUGUCAUUGCAGAUCUCAGUCAGAACAAAGAAUUUUACAUGAAUGCAGACGUUAGACCACCUUUCACGUAUGCCUCAUUAAUAAGACAGGCGAUCCUCGAAUCUCCGGAAAAGCAGCUAACACUAAACGAAAUCUACAACUGGUUCACACGAAUGUUUGCAUAUUUUAGACGCAACGCAGCAACGUGGAAGAAUGCAGUCCGGCAUAAUCUUAGUCUACACAAGUGUUUUGUGCGAGUAGAAAACGUAAAAGGGGCUGUGUGGACAGUGGACGAAAUAGAGUUCCAAAAGAGACGGCCUCAAAAGAUCAGUGGAAGUCCAGCAUUGGUGAAGAAUAUUCAGACAAGCUUGGGCUAUGGGCCGACCCUUUCCGCUGCUUUCCAGGCUUCAAUGGUGGAGAACAACAUACCUCUAUACACAACGGCUUCCAUUGGAAGUCCCACCCUCAACUCCUUGGCAAACGCCAUCCGUGAAGAGAUGAAUGGAGCAAUGGACCAUGGAAACAGCAACGGCAGUGACAGCAGCCCAGGACGCUCGCCACUGGCAGCUAUGCAUCACAUCAGCGUCAAAGAGGAACCACUGGACCCCGAGGACCACGAAGGACCUCUCGCCCUGGUAACGACUGUCAAUCACAGUCCCCACUUUGACCACCACAGAGAUUACGACGACGACCAGGGCCAUGACGACAUGCUGUGAAGACUGCACGUUCACCCGGGAGACACACAAUGAACAGCUGUCUCAAACGCUGAUGGCCAAUGUCGCCGAGUAUCUUUUUAGUGCCAUAACAAGACAUUGCAACACAAAACAUCCCACAAGUGGGUCCUUUUCCCUCCCCGAUCACUUUUUACUUUUGAAGUCAAAACAACUUUUGCUUUCUACUUUGUGUCGGAUGGAUCAGUUUGGUACGCGGCGACGAGCUCGCCUCACAGAUGAGAGACCAGAAGGGGACAGAGAUCCUUGCCACGCAGCCAGGACGGACGGCAGACUGUGGCAUGGUUACAUCUCUACCCCCCCCCCCCCCACUCCCCCCCCUCACACUAUAUGCCCCCUCCCCACAUCAUGCCUGUCUGAGGACACACAUAUUGACAGAGACCAAGUGAGUGACAUGCCAUUUAGGGGAACGUGCUUUCACUGCCUUCAACACUUUGCAUCGCAAUGAGUCCAUCUACUGUGAGAGGGGUGUUUUUAUUUGUUUGUUUGGGGUUGGUGUUUUUUUUUUGGGGGGGGGGGGGGGGUGACAGUUAAGACUAUCAACACAAUGUCUUUCCAUCAUUCAAUGCUGUUUAUGAUGUCUUUUUUUUUUUUUUCCUCUAAACUCAUCAGACCUCAUGUCCGUGCUGUGGAGAUUGUGUUUUCUGCACUUGAUGAUGAAUGUUUAUGAUUUCCUCUAAUGUUGUUCUUUAAAAAAAAAAAAAAAAACACACACAAAGCAGAAUGUCUGACACAGUGUAUCAUUUUUCUGUCAUUUAUUCUAGGGAGAAAAAACAAAAAACAAA